CGUGUAGUCGGUAAGUUUUGCCCCCGUGGUUUCCUUGGCAAUGGCCGCUGCCUUCUCUUUCCCCUUUGUGGGUCGAAGAGGGAUUUUGUGACCUCCUUCCCUGUCAGACUGAGAGAGUGUGGAGGCUGCUGCUCUUGGGCUGGGCCCGUGAUACCUCCCUUUGGAGCCUAGUGAAGAGACCCAUUGCUCCCCCUCUCCCCUUCUCCCCGCUCUCGCCCUAAGGACUGGUUCCGGAGGGAAGCAGAGAGCGCCCGGUCUUCCCGGAGGCCUUUGCUUUCCAGUGCCCCGAAGAUACGGGCCGUCGGCCUCUCUGGGGCAGGAGUUUUGUUUUGAGUGGUGGAGGGAGGAGGAAUUGUGCGGGGCAACCGCUGGUGGAAACAAGUGUCAGACGUUGAGUCGAGGGGACUUGGAUUCUUGACCGUCACUGUUCUGCGUGUGAUACCUCAGCGUGUGACCCGUCGCUCUUCUGAGCUUCAUCUCCCUAAUAUUACAUGCUUUGCUAAAACUCAACGGAUUGUUUCGAGGAUCAGAUUCAAUUCCAUUAACAUUUAUUCAGAGCCCUUGUGCAGAGCACGGCAUCCUCAAGGAAUCUUCAAGUGCUGGAAGAGACCUUAGAGAUAAUGAAGUCUGAACUCUUUAUUUUACAGAUGAGGAUGCUGAAGCUUAGAGAGGUUUAGUUAACUUUCUUAAGAAGAUGCCGAAGGUAAAAAGAAGCAGGAAAGCUCCUCCAGAUGGCUGGGAGCUAAUUGAACCAACAUUGGAUGAAUUAGAUCAGAAGAUGAGAGAAGCUGAAACUGAACCUCAUGAAGGAAAGAGGAAAGUGGAAUCUCUCUGGCCAAUCUUCCGGAUUCAUCACCAAAAAACACGAUAUAUUUUUGACCUAUUUUACAAGAGGAAAGCUAUAAGCAAAGAAUUAUAUGAGUACUGCAUUAAAGAAGGUUAUGCAGACAAAAACUUAAUUGCAAAGUGGAAAAAACAAGGCUAUGAAAAUUUGUGCUGCCUCCGUUGCAUCCAGACUCGGGACACCAAUUUUGGAACUAACUGUAUAUGUAGGGUUCCAAAAAGCAAGCUGGAAGUGGGACGGAUCAUCGAAUGUACCCACUGUGGCUGCCGAGGAUGCUCUGGUUGACAGGUCUCGGAGUGAUGGGCCCACAGAUUCCACUUCUAGCUUAUCAUUAUUGUUCAUCUCCACGAGUAGCUGUUAAAGUGAACACUUUCCCCUGGAUAACUCCUGCUCUCCAAAGCUACAACCUGCAAUUGGAGCAUGAUGGCAAAUAAAAGACUGUAUUAAUCAGUUGUAAUUACCUGUGAUUUUAAAAUAAAGCCUUUAACUAUUGGUAA